AUGUUCAUUCAUUUCAUUUUCCUUGUCAUAGACAUUACUGUGGCGGUAGCGGCGCGUCCCAUGUCAUAUGCCGCCGUGCUACGGAUGAAAACAGGCAGCUCGUCAUCAGCGUUCAACCUCCGCGGACGACCCCGACAGCAGCAACGUGGUGGCGGGCUGGCAGAGCCGCUCGACUGGCCUGUCUUCGCCAGUCACCCGCAUCUGGGGCUCGGGCUACUCAGCUCUGAGGAGGACUAUGGAAGCGAAGAGAGCGAAGAGUUUGGGCCUUUUUUCAUCUUGGAGCCUGACGAUGUGAUUUUCCCUUUGACCGGCGGCGACAACAAUGUGAUGAUGCACUGCGAGGCACGAGCGAAACCACCCCCCACGUACAGCUGGUACAUCAACGGCACGCAGGCGGACACGAGGUCGGACCUCCGCCUCAGGCUGGUGGAGGGCAACUUGAUUAUCACCAAUGCCAGUGAGAUCACAGAUUCGGGGACGUACCAGUGUCGCGCCGAGAACAUUUUUGGCACAGUUCUGAGCCGGGACGCUCAUUUGCAGUUUGCAUACGUUGGAGCAUUCAGCACAAAAACAAGAGGUGCAGUCUCGGUGCGGGAAGGCCAAGGUGUCGUGCUCAUGUGUAUGCCGCCGCCUCAUUCUCCAGAGAUCAUCUACAGUUGGGUGUUCAACGAGUUUCCGUCCUUCGUGGCUGAAGAUAGCCGCCGCUUCAUCUCGCAGGUGACGGGCAACCUCUACGUGUCCAAGGUUCAGCCGUCAGAUGUGGGUAGCUACAUUUGCCUGCUGAAGAACAUGGCCACCAACGCCCGCGUGCUUAGCCCGCCUACGCCGCUCACGCUCAGGACCGACGGUGUCAUGGGCGAGUACGAGCCCAAAAUUGAAGUGCACUUCCCUCCCUCAGUGCUGGCUUCCAGAGGCGUCACCGUCAGACUGGAGUGCUUCGCGCUGGGCAAUCCAGUACCCACAAUCACAUGGAGAAAGAUCAACGGAAACAUACCGAAAAAGGCCCGACUGCGCAAGUCCCAGGCUGUUCUGGAGAUCUCCAAUAUCCAGCAGGAGGACUCUGGGACAUACGAGUGCAAAGCCGAAAACUCCAGGGGAGGGGCGUCUUUCAAAGGACAUCUCCAGGUCUACACGCUGCCGCAGUGGGUGAGAAUGAUUAAUGACACUCAACUGGAUAGUGGGGAGAAUCUCCAGUGGGAGUGCAAGGCCACGGGGAGGCCCCGGCCUACCUAUCGCUGGCUGCGUAAUGGUUUGCCCUUGACAUCCCAGGGUCGAGUAGAAAUUGUGAACGGGGAGCUCUCUAUUCACAAAUUGCAGCCCGUGGACUCGGGGAUGUACCAGUGUGUGGCAGAGAACAAGUACGGCACCAUUUACUCCAACGCCGAACUCAAGAUUUUAGCUUUGGCACCCGUUUUUGUUCCCAAUCCAGUGAGAGUCCUCGCUACACUAGGCAAGGACGCCUUCAUUGAUUGCAAACCUCGUGCCUCUCCUAAGCCGCAGAUCACGUGGAGGCGAGGGGUCAGGAGUAUACAACCCAAUCAAAGGGUGAUGCUGUUGAAAAACAACACACUGAGGAUUAUCAACGCUAGCCGAGCUGACGAGGGCGACUAUGUGUGCCGGGCGCAGAAUCAGCUGGGCUGGGCCGACAUGACAGCCACGCUGUGGGUCAAAGAGGCCAUGCAUGUGGAGCUGAACCCUAGGCGCGUGGAGGUGACAGUGGGCGAGAGCGUGGUGCUCAGCUGCAAGGCCACGCACGACAUCUCGCUAGACGUCACCUUCCAGUGGCUCUUCGACGACAGGCCUAUCACCUUUCAGCAGCCGGGAGGCCACUUUGAGUCUAUACAGACUGUCCAUGCAAAACAGUCGUCUACAGUGGAUUUGAUGAUUAGGACCAUUUUGCUGAAACAUGCCGGCAAGUAUGGCUGCAGGGCCCAGACCAGCGCCGACACCAUCAUCAUGGAGGCCGAUCUUCUAGUUCGAGGUCCCCCCGGACCUCCGGGUGUGGUGAUAAUGGAGGAAAUCACAGAGACAACCGCCACCCUGUCGUGGAUCCGAGGGCUCGACAAUCACAGUCCAAUUAGCACCUACCACCUGCAGGCUCGGAAUGCCUUUUCAUUAGGCUGGCAAACUGUCAAAACAGACCCCAUGCCCGUGACCGGAGACCUGGAGUCGGCCAUGGCCGUAGACCUUAACCCUUGGGUGGAAUACGAGUUCCGAGUGGUCGCCAGCAAUGCCAUUGGGACAGGGGAUCCCAGUACUCCUUCCAGAGGAGUCCGAACUAAAGAAGCAGCGCCCUCGGUGGCACCGACGAACGUCAGUGGCGGAAAUGGCCGCAGGCAUGAACUGGUUAUCUCCUGGGAGCCCGUGUCGGAGGAGUUCCAAAACGGCGAAGGCUUCGGCUACAUCGUGGCUUUCCGUGCAAACGGCACCCGAGGCUGGAAGGAGAAGAUGGUGACGUCGCCCGACUCCACCACGUACAAGUACCGCGACGAGACCUUCCCGCCGCUGACGCCCUUCGAAGUCAAAGUGGGCGUGUACAACAACAAGGGCGACGGGCCUUUCAGCCCCGUUGUCAUCAUCCACUCUGCCGAGGGUGAACCCAGAGAAGCACCAUCUGAUGUGAAAGCUUACGCUAUUUCAGCUUCACAAAUAAGAGUCACGUGGAAGCCACCUCUCCCCGGUCCUGGAAGACCCAAAGGAUACGAGGUGAGCUACUGGAAAGCGUCAGAAAAGGAGGAUUCUGGUUGGAAACAGAGAACCACCAAAAACGAGACCUCCAUGGUCCUGGGCGGUUUGGAAGGUAACAGCCUGUACGAACUCACCGUCCGGGGCUUCAAUAGCAUCGGACAAGGUCCUGCUAGCACCUCCGUCACGGCCAAGACCAGGAAAGCCCCUCCUGUGCAGCCUCCAGGCAACCUGCUGUGGAUCCAAGAGGGCAACAACGUGUCUUUAAGCUGGGACCCGGUCAAGGCCAAAGAAAAUGAAUCUGAUGUCAUCGGCUACAUGGUAUUGCUGAAGCAGGAGGGCCGAGGCCACAACCAGGUGACUCGCACAAUCAACCCGUCCACCACGUUGUCUCUACCAGAGGGCGGCACAUACGCCAUCGAGGUGCGGGCCCUCAGCGAGGGUGGCGAAGGGGCGGUCAGCUCGCAAGUGCGACUCGUCACCUCCUCGGGUGUGCGGGCAAAGAGCUGCAAGUGCAAACCCAAGCUGAUGUGGCCCGUGUUGCUCUUGGUUCUGCUGGUGCCUUCAGCGUCCUGGUGA